CUAGUAUCUUGGUGACACGACCCCAGAGAUAACACCCAGUUAUCUGGUGUACAUCCGGGACACUAUAGGCAUCACACCCGAGACAAAGCUUGACGCGUUAUUCUUUAUCUAAGGCAGGACUACCACUGUGAAGUCGAAGCUGUUUUCAAAAGACGAAUGGUGCGUGCUUGACCCUGGUCAUGUCCAUGACGAAAAUAUUUCGGAUGUUUCUAUCCCUUGUGUCGGUCAUGUUGCUGGUGGCCAUACUAUUUGUGUUUAGUACAAAAGAUGAAAUCCCCCACGAUGGAGAAAGGGGACCAACAUCGGCGGGAGCGUCGAAUCUCCAUGGAACCAUUCCUCGCGUCAGGUCUGUGGAUGAAACACAAACCAAGAUGAAACGUAACGUGAAAUUUCUCCAAAAGCCACCGACUAAAAAACCGAAGAAGCUGUGCGUGGACGGUGUCAUACCACUGAAGACCUUCACCCGAUAUGACCCGGAUGCUGACAUUGACCUCGCUGUGGUGUCAGCAUAUUUUGACAUCGGGCGCUUCAAGAAAGGACUUUCGAAGGGACUCUAUUUUAACGCUUCAACUUACACAGCGUGGGCAGGGGCCUUUUCCCACUUGUAUAACCCUUUGGUUUUCUAUACAGACUCGGAGUUCUUUGAAAAUAUCGUCAAGAAGCUUAGGAUUCAUCUACCACGAAACUUGACACGGAUAAUAAGAAUUAACCAAACGUCCAUGUGGUCAUUUAAACUUCGUGACAGAAUUUCUGCUAUAUACCAAAACCCAGACUACCCAAAGUUUUAUCCAAACACAGUGGUUCCAAACUAUUCGUGCGCAAUGCACGCUAAAUAUGAAGUGGUGGAAAACGCAAUUUUGAAUAAGUACGUCACUUCCGAUUACGUCACGUGGUUAGACGUAGGGUACUUCCGGUAUUUAAAAAGAAACAAACCCUUUAAACUUGUCGUCCCAAAAAGCUUUUCCGCCAAUACUGUUGCUUUCAACAAACUUCAUCACCCUGAUCGUUUUUCAGAACCGGAAGUUAUUUUCAAAAACAACAGUUUAUAUGUAGGGGGCGGAAUGUUUAUAGGUAGGCUACAAAUAAUGUUGCUCUUCAUCCUUGACUACCGGCAUGCAUCUGAAGUGCUCCUGCACAGGGGCCUUAGCAAUACCGACCAGCAGGUGUUGUAUGCGAUGUACAAUAGUAACUUCCGGUCACGUGUCAAUCCUGGGGUUGAUAUACAACUUUUCAAGUCGAAUAUUGUAGGUGAUUGUUGGUUUUACCUUGGAUACCAGUGCUACAGGGAAUUACAGUAAACUACGGUUAUACCGAACUCAAAGGGACUACUAAUUUUAGUUCGUUAUAACCGUAGCUCGUUAUAAGUACAUAUACAGCAUGACUACAGGAAGUAGUCGGGACCAAAAAGUAAGUUCGUUAUAUCCGUCAGUUCGUUAUAAGCGUGUUCGUUAUAACCGUAGUUUACUGUACAUUGAAUACCUCUGGUGGACUUUGUGAACAUUUAAAGUACCCUUAAUGGAUUCUGCGAACGAUCAGAGUACCGUUUACUUUUAUGAACGGUCAGAUUCGGUCAUGAGGUUCCUAAUGAAUAGUGUCCCCCGCCGUGAUAUUGCUGGAAUAUUGCUAAAAGCGGCGUAAAACCAUACUCACUCAAUCACGCAUAAUGAAUAACUAUGGAAUUCAGAUCAUAUUAUCAGUUUCGUUUGUUUGUUGUUUUACUCAUCUCCCCGAGACAAGGGCGUUAACUGCCUUUUAAGUCCAGUUUUCGACCUUGCAAAACUCAGGUGAAGUUUCCGGAUCCAACUCGUAAUAGCCCCCAGUGGCUGAUACGAGUUAUGUCCCUUUUAUGUCCCACCUACUGAGUAAUCAGAUUCCAUCUCUUUUGUCACUUGCAUUUGCUUCAAACAAAAUGGCGGCGAUCAAGACGAUCUGAUCGUUAUCAAGAUGUAUAGUGUAAUAAAACAAGUCUUCCCUCGCGCAGCGCACCAGAUUACUAGAGCACCUUGAUACAAAGCAUGAACAAAUUUGCAAAAUUUCUGUCGACGCCCAGUUGGCGGUAUACAUGCUUUGCAAAUCCUGCAGUCGAACGAAAUCUGCACGUUGAAAUCCAUGUUGUUUACGAACCGGAUGUCUACUUCGUUACGCGAUUUUGAUUGGACUGUGCAUAGACUCGUUAGUCCAGCCAAAAUGUAACUCCGGAAUUCAAGCCUAGUUCGGCAGGGGUGGAAACUGGUCUCUUAUUGUCUGUUUACGCCCUUGCCUCGGGAAGAUAGUUGCCAGUAGCGCAAACUGAAGGUCGGAACGCAUCGUCUGGUGACGGCUGUGUUAUUAAAAAAACAUGAGUUUCACUGCCAAAUCACUACAUCUUGACGUUGUCCUGAAGGUAGAACUCUUUCGGUGUGAAUAAAAUGGAUACGAGUAUCCGAAUCACAAAA